UCACAAUCUUUUGCCGGUUGUUCCCUUCCACUUCCGUAUCUUCUCCCACAUCACUGGCGACACCAAUCACCAGUCGCCAAGUGCCAAGGUCUGCUGUUUCUCAAAUAUGGACCCACCACAACCAGGACCACCGGCGGCGGCACCCAAAUCCUCUGUUACGCUGAUCGGGCAACUGAGAAACCUGGACACGACCGUCUCCCGGCAGCUCCACUCCCUGACCCAACCCGUUCUCCCAUCCUCUCUCCUACUCCUCCUCGAGCUCUCCGCCGACUUCCGCCUCUUCUUCCCGAUCUCCCUCUCUCUCCUCCUAUCCCCCUCUCUCCUUCGCCCCUUCCUUCCCCCUCUCCUCCUCGGACUCCUCCUCGAUCUCGCCCUCAUCGGCCUCGUCAAGAUUCUCUUUCGCCGACCCCGCCCUCCACAUAACCACACCCACAGCAUGAAGGUCGCCGUUUCCGUCGAUCACUUCUCCUUCCCCAGCGGUCACGCCUCCCGCGUUUGUUUCGUGGCUUCCCUCGCUCACCUCUCAGCUGCUGCCAUUCGCCAGGACCAUCACGAGGGUAGUAAGGCCGUGAAUUUCGUUCUUCUCGUUGUUUGGGUGUGGGCGGUUUUGAUCUCGGUGUCUAGGGUUUUGCUCGGCCGGCAUUUCGUUUCCGAUGUCUUCGUCGGGGCGUGUUUGGGUGUUCUUGAAGCUGUCGUUGCUUUCCGCUUUCUCAAGUUUUAAAGCAUCUCAGUGAUGCAGGACCUCUUCUUAUUUUGUGUAUUUGUCCUUAAGAAAAAGGAAGUAUUCAGAAGUGGCAGGCUUGUAUGUAUGAACUCAAUCCGCGUCCACUGUUGGAUUAGCUUCCUUGUCUUAAAGGAGGAUCCACCUUUCUUGUAAGCUUCUUCUUUUCAUUUUUUUCUUAGUUUCUUUCCUUCAGUUGACAUGUGACCGCAUAGCAUUCUUCAA